AUGGCUGCCGAGCCGAGUCCAGCCGAGCCAGCGCUUGCCGAGAUGGUAGACCCCACAAUCGCCGGGACUGCUCCCGAUGGCGAUGAGGAUCAGUCUCUAGACGAAAGCAUCGCCGAUGACGACAGCUUCGAUGCUUACGGCGAGGACGCGAAUGGAGAGGCGCAAAACAACGCUCCAGGCGCUGACAAUGAUGACUACGCGAGAAUCUUUGAUUCUCCUGCGCAAGGAGAGGUUGAGGAAGCGGAACAAGAUGUAUCAAAGGCAGGAGAAUCCAUGAAUAGUUCCUCGGCAUCUGAUACUUUACCGCAUCAAUCUUCCGUGGCGCCAAUUACUGGUGAUAUCUCAUCCUCGAGCUUGUCCCAUGGAGACGGCGCUCUCGCAAAUCCUGCCCCUGCCAACCCCGCCGACACCGCCAGCCUGCCUCAGCCUGCCUCAGCCCCGCUGCCAGAUGCGACCCUGGACUCUGCGCCAAGUCAACCCAUUCACGCCCAAGCUGAGGCUUCCAGCCCGGAAGACGUCGAAGCUAAGCCUAACGACUCUGAGCCCAAGAACGAAGAUGCUGAAAUGGAAGAUGAUGCCACUGCAGUUGACAUCCAGAAGCUGGUCGAUGAUAUCACCGCCGCCAGCGCCGCAGCCUCGUCCACUCAACCACCCGCCGAAGCCCCAAGCUCUCUCCAAGACCAAGACCCUCAGUCGUCCCCCAUGAGCGUAAAUCAGACUUUACUUCCUCCCAGACCCGCAUUGACGCAAGAGCCUUCCAAUCCUGCCGCCAUCCCGUCCGAUAACCUGCAGCCUGGGCCCAACGUGCCCCCUUUCUCUCCCACUGGGGCCCCCGUACAAGCUACAGGUCCCAUCUCCCAGCCCUCGCCGUAUCCUCUCGCCGCUGCUCCAGCUGACGAACGACGAUAUAUGUCCGAGGCCAAAUGGGAACGUUUCCCUGAAGGUUCUCGUAUCUUCAUUGGAAAUCUUUCUCAAGAACGAGUAUCCAAAAAGGAUGUCUUUGACCUAUUUCAUAAAUACGGUCGUCUUGCCCAGAUCUCUUUGAAGUCUGCUUAUGGCUUUGUGCAGUAUCACAAUGUGACAGACGCGCAAGGCGCCAUGGAGAAUCUUCAGGGUGCUGAGAUUCGAGGUCGUAAGAUCCAGAUCAGGGCCGCAGGUCAAGAGAUGACUAUCGCCCCGGUCGUUCGCCAUCGCCCCGUCGAGAAGAUCGUCGUGGGAGAGAUGAAACUUAUGGUAGGAAUGCCAAUGCUCGAACAUACGAAUCCUAUGAUCAUGGCCGUGGCCGGUCGAGGUCGCCUGAACGUUUUGGCCGACCUGGACCAGAUGCGAGCUAUCGCCGUCGAUCCCCGAGUCCAUAUGGUCGACCACGCCAAGAUACUGAACGACUGGAUAUUCCCCGACGUUAUGGUGAAGAAAUCCCUGACGUCCAGUUGUUGCUUAUGCAAGAAGUCCAGCGAGAUUUCGUUGACUGGGUUCAACGUGCAUUCUAUGAUCGCGGGCUAA